AAAACCUUGCAAAGCGCCGGCAAGUAAAUGGUGCAGUGUUUGUUGCUCAGCUGAAAACAGCAGCAGGGAAAACGAGUCAGAUUUUCCAGCAGCUCAGUUACGAGCCACACGGCUCCAUUCGAGCAGACAGCGCCGAGUACGACACCCGCUAAGGAUGGCAUGGGUUUGGUUGUCCAGCUGGCUGCUCUUCCUGACAGUUUGCUGUCCUGGGGGCAGUGUGGAGGUGGCAUAUGACAUGAAGGACAGAGACGGGGAGUGGGGCUCUGGUCUGCAGGAGCUUCUGCAUAGCUUCCCUGCUGACAGCCCCUUUGUAACAGAGACACCUGGACAACCAGCCAACUGCACACAGCGGUUUUGGCUGCCUCCAUCCUCCCCCGUGUGCUGGGAUGACAUCGCAGGGCCAGAGCAGUUUGAGCAGACCCGUCUACUGGUGCUGCAGAACCGUGCAGCGCUGCAGGCUGUGUCCCAUGCCAGUGGUCUGGAGGAAGGGGGAGCCUCUUAUGACCAGCAGGCCAGGGAGGAUGUUCAGGGAGUCCGGGCAGACCACUUUAACAUUGAACAGACAGUGGACUCUAUGCAGAAAGUCUUCCUCAACCUGGAGGAGAGAAGGAAGGAGGGUGGGGAACACUACACUUUCUCCAGUUUAAAGGAGCAGAUUGCAACCACCAUGGACUCCAUAACUGGCAAGGAUCAUAGGGCUGCACUGCUGGAACAGCAUUUGUCUAAUCUAGAGCGGAGCAUAGACAUCAUGCAGAAUCGACUAGCCAGACUACUGGCGCAGUGAACGCUGUUAAAAUUCACUUGUUACACCUGAAUGCAGUGCAUGUCUGAGGAAACAGGAUUCAACACAAAGCAUGCUUAUUGUAUCUCUAUUGUAUAUUGUAUUUCUAACUGUUUGAGUCAUAACGAUAUCGAUGCUAAACUGUUCAUGUCCAAAUAGUUAAUGUUGUCUGUGAAAGAAAAAUGUCAUAGCACCUUUUGUUUAGGAAGAUGUCUUUACAUGUAAUUACAUGUCAUUUUUAUACAUUUGUUCAGUCAGAUAUGGAUUUUCCAUUGUUUUGUAAAAGAAAAAACCUAGACAUUGUAAUGAAUUAAAUGAUUUAAAAAACUA